AUGUCGUCGCGGCAGGACAAGGAGAAGGCGGUGAACGUGCAGGUCCUCCUCCGCUGCAGGCCCUUCAGCGACGAUGAGCUCCGAAGCAACGCGCCGCAGGUCAUCACCUGCAACGACUUCCAGCGGGAGGUCGCCGUCACGCAGAGCAUCGCCGGGAAGCAGUUCGACCGGGUCUUCACCUUCGACAAGGUUUUUGGACCGACAGCAAAGCAGAAGGACUUGUAUGACCAGGCCAUUAUUCCUAUUGUAAAUGAGGUCUUAGAGGGAUUCAAUUGCACCAUUUUUGCGUAUGGCCAGACAGGCACUGGGAAAACAUACACCAUGGAAGGCGAAUGCAGGAGAGCCAAGAGUGGACCAAAGGGUCAAUUACCUGCAGACGCUGGAGUUAUACCUCGGGCAGUGAAACAAAUCUUUGAUACCCUGGAGAGGCAGAACACUGAGUACAGUGUUAAGGUCACGUUCCUUGAGCUGUACAAUGAGGAAAUUACAGAUCUUCUUGCACCUGAAGAGAUAUCUAAGGCUGCAUUUGAGGAUAGACAGAAGAAAACCUUACCUCUUAUGGAGGAUGGGAAGGGUGGAGUUCUUGUUCGAGGUCUUGAGGAAGAAAAUGUCACGAAUGCAAGUGAAAUAUUCUCUCUAUUAGAAAGGGGGUCUGCAAAGCGCCGCACUGCAGAGACAUUACUGAACAAGCAAUCCAGUCGAUCGCACUCCCUAUUCUCAAUCACUAUUCACAUAAAAGAGGCAACCCCUGAAGGAGAAGAGCUGAUAAAAUGCGGGAAGUUAAAUCUAGUUGACUUGGCUGGGUCUGAGAACAUCUCUCGUUCUGGAGCUAAGGAGGGCCGUGCAAGGGAGGCUGGCGAAAUUAAUAAAAGCUUGCUUACUCUGGGCCGUGUGAUUACGGCAUUGGUCGAACACCUUGGACAUGUUCCUUACAGGGACAGCAAACUCACAAGAUUGCUGCGUGAUUCAUUAGGAGGAAGAACAAAGACUUGCAUUAUCGCUACUGUUUCACCCUCCGUGCAUUGCCUUGAAGAAACCUUGAGUACUUUGGAUUAUGCACACCGGGCAAAGAGCAUUAAGAAUAGACCUGAGGUAAACCAGAAAAUGAUGAAAUCAACAUUAAUUAAAGAUCUUUAUGGUGAAAUUGACCGACUUAAGGCAGAGGUGUAUGCUGCUCGAGAAAAAGUUGGAGUGUACAUUCCCAAAGACAGAUAUCAGCAGGAGGAAAAUGAGCGAAAGGCGAUGGCUGAUCAGAUAGAACAAAUGACUGCUUCUUUGGAAGCAAACCAGAAGCUAAUUAGUGAUCUGCAAAAAAAGUAUGAUUCUGAGCUUCAACAUUCUGCUGAUUUGAGCAAAAAGCUUGAAGUCACAGAGAAACAUUUGGACCACACAUGCAACCUACUCUCUACGACAAAAGAAGAUCUGAAGCAGGCACAGUAUGAUCUAAAGGAGAAAGAUUAUAUAAUUUCAGAACAGAAAAAAGCAGAAAAUGCUUUAACACACCAAGCUUGUGCGCUGAGAUCAGAUCUGGAAAAAUAUACUCGUGAUAAUACUACACUGUAUUCAAAAAUUGCUAGGGGAGACAAGCUAAGUGCAACAAAUAGAUCAGUAGUGAAUACAUUCCAAAUUGACCUUGCUUCGAAGUUGGAUAUUCUUUCCAAUACACUCAAUGCAUCCGUAGAUCAACAAAAUAUGCACCUAAAGUCCGUGGAGGAUUUAUGCCAAUCUUGUGUUGAGUCCCAUGACAAGGCUACUGAUGAGCUGAAAAAGAAGAUUUUGGCUUCAAAAUCAUUAUACAUGUUGCAUAUGGAAGCUUUCCAAAAUGUUGUCCUCCUACAUAAAGCAAGUGCAAAUGCCACACUGGAAGAUAUAUCAUCACUAUCUGCUGCAAGCUGCUGUAGUCUUGACCAGCUACUAGCUUGCGUUGAGGGAGAGGCACAGAAUAUAUUUAAUGACAUCCAUAAAUUGUUAACCACCCACCGAAGUGAAAUGACACACUUCACUCAAGAAUUAAGGGAGAGUUUCCGAAUAAGCUUGGACAGGACAAAAGGAAUGUCCACUUAUAUUAUUGGGCUAUUUGACAAGUACGUUGAGGAAACAUCCAAGUUACAGAGCCACUCAAAUAAUACUCAUGAAGCACAAAUGAAAAGCAUUGAAGAUUUUCAGAUGGCUUAUGAGGAGCAAUCAAAAUCAGAGGAGCAUAAGCUUCUAGCGGACAUAAACAGUUUAGUGUCUAAACAUAUUACUCGACAAAGAGAGUUGGUCGGUGUUAGAUUGAGUUCUCUGGGUGAUUCUGCCCGUGGAAACAAGGCAUUUUUGGAUGAACACACAUCGGCCAUGGAGUUUGUCACAAAAGAUGCUAAGAGGAAGUGGGAAACAUUUGCAGAGCAGGCUGAGAAUGACUGCAAAGCUGGCUCCAGCUUCUCUGCAGCUAAGCAUUGCCGCAUGGAAACCAUGCUGCAGGAGUGCGCAUGCACUGUUGACUCCGCUGUUCAGCAAUGGAAGAAGUCACAUGUUGCUGUUAACGAUCUCAGCAGAAAGCAAGUUGCUGAAGUUGAAGCACUCGUCAGGACUGCAAUUGAGAACAAUGAGCAACAUGAAGUGGAGGUUGCAUCUUCUCGAGAUGUGGCUGAAGAAGACGCCUCCAAUAGCGGCAAGGACAUAGCCCAGGGCAUUGAAAAUCUGUUGGAAGAGGCACGCAAUUCGAGUUCAAGAGUGGUCUCAACGGUGGAGGCUCACUUCGCAGAGCUACAGAAGCUGCAAGAGAGCCACUCCAGCCAGGCUGCCGGUAUCAAUAUGCACGCCGACAAGACUUUCCAAAACAGCUACAAGGACUACGAACCGACUGGUGAAACUCCGGUGAGGUUUGAGCUGCACGUGCCAAGCAAAGGCUCGAUUGAGUCGCUGCGAGCGAUGCCCAUGGAGACCUUGAUGAAUGAGUUCCGUGAGAACCAUCCGUAUGAAUCCGAAUCGAGCAAAGAGUCCAAGUUAUCUCAGAUACCUCGCUUGCCGCUCGCGACAAUCAACUGA